AUGGAGGUUAGCAUCUGCAGCAUGAGUCUACAAGAGAUAAGUGAGAACGUGAAGCUGGCCCGUGAGUAUGCCCUGCUGGGAAACUACCGGUCAGCGAGCGUUCUCUACCAGGGGUUGCUGGAACAAAUCCAGAAAUACAUGUACACUGUUCGAGACAGCAGCUUCCAGCAGAGAUGGCAACAGUUGUGGCAAGAAAUUAGUGAAGAGAAUCAACAGGUUCAGGAUAUAAUGUCCACCCUGGAGAACUUCCAGCUGGACGCGACGCCGACCAAACCCAGCAGCCUCGAUGACUGUGAGAGAAGGGUCAUUCCUGUGGAACAGAGACAUUCUCCCUGUCCCGUGAGGCGUCCUGCUAACCCCUAUAAAGACAGCAAGCCUCCCAACCACCGCCUGAGCGUGGCUGUGCGGGCCCAGCAGAGGCACUCCCCCCGGGGGGCCAACGGAGAGAGAAGCAAAGUGUCCAAGGCCAAAGAGAAGAAGGAGUCCAAAGAGGUGAAGGAGUCUGCUGGCAAAGUCAAGGACGAUAAGGAGAAAGAAGUGAAAAAGUUUGACGGGACGGGAUACGACAAAGACCUGGUGGAAGCUCUGGAGAGAGAUAUUAUUUCUCAGAACCCGAACGUGAAGUGGGAUGAUAUCGCAGACUUGGAAGACGCCAAAAAACUCCUGAAGGAAGCGGUGGUGCUGCCAAUGUGGAUGCCGGCCUUUUUCAAAGGCAUCCGGAGGCCGUGGAAGGGAGUUCUUAUGGUGGGGCCCCCGGGGACGGGGAAAACCCUGCUGGCCAAAGCCGUCGCUACUGAGUGCAGGACCACUUUCUUCAACGUUUCCUCAUCCACGCUCACAUCAAAGUACAGAGGAGAGUCUGAGAAGCUCGUCCGGCUGCUUUUCGAAAUGAAAGCUCCCACCCUCAAACUUCUAGUUAUUCAGCUCCACACGGCUCGGUUCGGCACGGCUCGGCCCUACACGGCACGCUUUUAUGCCCCCACCACCAUCUUCAUUGAUGAAAUCGACUCCAUGUGCAGCCGCAGGGGGACCUCAGAGGAGCACGAGGCCAGCCGGAGGGUCAAGGCCGAGCUGCUGGUGCAGAUGGACGGCGUGGGGGGGGCCUCGGAGAAUGACGACCCAUCCAAGAUGGUGAUGGUGCUGGCCGCCACCAACUUCCCGUGGGACAUCGACGAGGCCUUGAGGAGACGACUGGAAAAGAGGAUUUAUAUCCCUCUGCCCUCAACUAACGGCCGGGUGGAGCUGCUCCGGAUCAACCUGAAGGAGCUGGAGCUGGCCGGGGACGUGGAUCUGGACAAGAUCGCCGAGCAGAUGGAGGGCUACUCAGGAGCCGACAUCACAAACGUGUGCAGAGACGCCUCUUUAAUGGCCAUGAGACGCCGAAUCGAGGGUCUGACUCCAGAAGAGAUCCGCAACAUUUCCCGGGACGAGAUGCACAUGCCGACCACCAUGGAGGACUUCGAGUCGUCUCUAAGGAAAGUGUCCAAAUCUGUAUCUGCCGCUGACCUGGAGAAGUACGAGAAGUGGAUCGAGGAGUUUGGGUCCUGCUGAAACGAGUCACUCCCGUUUAUUCCUCCUUAUCGUCUCCGGUUUGGAUGGAGGAGUCUUAAUGGAGGUGAAUAGGACCU